AUGUCAGUUAAAUCGCCGACGGCGCAAAUUGUCACCACUUCAAAGACAAGCUUCAUAAACAAGAAGCAGAAGACAGAAGUAUAUCAAGAAAAAAUGACCGAAAAAUUGAAUCUCAGUCAAGGUUUUAGAGCUGUAGUCGUAUCUGACUUUGAAAAGCCUCUAGCGCAUCAUGUGUUUGAUUCCUUCCCUGAGCUCAAUGAGGAUGAGGUUUUAGUUAAGAAUAAAUUCCUUGGUUUAAACCCUAUAGAUUGGAAAGCCAAAAAAUAUCGUUUCGGAAUAUAUCAUUUCCCUUGGAUCAAUGGCAGAGAGAGCAGUGGGGUAGUUGUAAUGCAGGGAGAUGGUAAUGUAGAUCUUUUAGGUAAAAGAGUGUUCAUAUCGAGCACCAGCUAUAGAGAUAAUAGAACAAGUACUUUCCAAGAAUACUCUGUCAUGAAAAAAAGUUUGGUGUGGCAGCUACCAGAUUUUAUUACUGAUAUAGAAGGUGCUACCAUCGGGGUUGGACUUGUCACCUCAUCGAUUAUAAUUAAGAAAAGCUUUGGCCUUAAACUUGAGAAAAUGUCGGAUAAGAACGUUUUGAUAAUUUGGGGAGGUUCUACAGUGGUUGGUAUGUACCUCGCUCAGCUUGCAAAAUACUUGGGGCUUGAAGUCAUAGUUAUAUCCAGUCUUCAAAAUAAAAGCUAUUUGUCUCAAGAAAUUAAAGUUGAUAAAGUUGUGGAUAGAAAUCAAUCUUUAGAUGAUAUCAAAAAGGAUAUUUUUGAGCAUUUAGAUGCUAUUGGGCACAAAACUGGUAUAAAGUAUGGUGUGGAUUGUGUUUCGAAGGAAACCUCGUACGACCUAAUAAGUAUUUUAACGGAUGAGAGGAAUACAAUUGACUCAAUUCCAGAAUUCGUAGGAGUUGUUGCAAAGCCCAGAGACGUACACGAUGUAAAUAUAAAGGACUUAGUUAUCAAAAGAUUUCAUGAGGACAUAGAUUUUGGGGCUGAACUUGUUCAAGAAACUUCUAAGUUAUUGAAUAGGCACAUCAUAAAGCCUGUUAGAUACAAGCAUUUUAGUGGGGGACUCGAGUCUGUUCCUCAGGCGCUACAAGAACUAGAAGCCACUAGUUCUUUUGGGGGUAAAUUUGUAGUUCAACUUCUGACUUGA